AUGACCCCCGGCAAUGCAUCACAUGCUCCCGCUGAGGACCGCGAUAUGACGAAUAAUGGCCUUCUUCCUGCCUUUGGGAGUCCGAGUAAUGACGAGCCGGACCAGGAACCUUAUUCGCGAGAUGACACGCAGGGCCGACGUCAACCCCCACCAGCGAUCGACACGCGGCUUGGCGUAGCGCAGCUACCUCUCGUCGACGAGGACGAGCAGGCAGAAAGGGCAAAGGAGAAGCCGGUGACAUGGAGCUCCCUACCUCAGAAAGACCAGCUCAUCAUCCUGACACUGGCAAGGCUGUCGGAGCCUCUGACGCAGACGUCGCUCCAGGCCUACAUGUUCUACCAGCUGAAGUCGUUCGACCCUUCGCUGCCAGACUCGACAAUUGCCUCACAAGCCGGAAUCUUGCAGGGCGCCUUCACCGCGACGCAGUUCGUCACUGCCGUCCUCUGGGGGCGCGUCGCUGACGUGGAAUGGGUCGGACGAAAGAAGGUUAUCCUCGUAGGUCUGUUGGGCACUGCCAUCUCUGCUGUCGGCUUUGGAUUUUCGAAGAGCUUUGUCACGGCCGUCGUCUUCAGGAGCCUUGGAGGGAUGCUCAACGGCAACAUUGGAGUGAUGCGGACUAUGGUUAGCGAGAUCGUCAAGGAAAAAAGAUACCAGUCUCGCGCCUUCCUCCUCUUGCCCAUGACAUUCAACAUUGGCAUCAUUAUUGGCCCAAUACUCGGCGGCUUCCUCGCUGAUCCAGCAGGGAGCUAUCCGUCUCUCUUCGGUCCAGGCUCAGUCAUCGGUGGCAAGGACGGCGUGGGCUGGAUGAUGGAAUGGCCAUACGCCCUACCCAACCUCGUCAGUGCCCUCUUCCUCUUCUGCUCCUCCAUGGCCAUCAUCUUCGGGCUCAAAGAGACGCACGAGGCUCUCCAAGACACGCCCGACUUCGGCAUCCGCCUACGCCUCUGGGUCUCGCGCAACAUCCUGCGCCGCCGCAGGCCGCAGGGCGACUACAUGCCCAUCCCUACGGACGACGACGACCGCCCACGCACUCCAGACCAGCCACCCACAGACAUCGAAAUGGCCACCACACCCACCACGCCCGACUCCUUCCAGAUCAAGACGCCACCGCGCAAGCAAAAGCUCCCCUUCCACCGCAUCUGGACGCGCAACGUCCUCCUCACCUUCCUCUCGCACGCCAUCCUCUCGAUGCACAUCGGCACCCUCAACAGCCUCUGGUUCACCUUCCUCUCCACCCCACGCUUCGACCCCGCGCACCCCAUCCCACCCACACUCACCCACCAACGCCCACCCCUCCACUUCACCGGCGGCCUCGGCCUACCCCCCUCCCGCAUCGGCGCCGCGCUCGCCAUCCUCGGCGUCAUCGGCAUCACCCUACAACUCGCCGUCUACCCCACCGUCAGCACGCGUCUCGGCACGGUACGUUCGUUCCGCUUCGCAUCCAUGCUCUUCCCGGUCGCCUACGCCGUGAUCCCCUUCCUCGCCCUCAUCCCGACCACGUCCCCACCUCCCGCCCCCGCAGCCGGCCCGCUCGUCUGGAUGGCUAUCGCCGGCGCGCUGUUCCUCGUCGUCGCGGCCCGCACGUUCGCGACGCCGAGCGCGGCGAUACUGGUGAAUAACUGCUGCCCGCAUCCCAGCGUGCUCGGCACCGUGCACGGCGUGGGGCAGUCGGUCAGCAGCGGCGCCCGCACGCUCGGGCCCGUGCUCGGCGGGUGGGUGUUUGGGCGAGGUCUCGCGAUGGGUGUGGUCGGGCUGGCGUGGUGGUGGUUGGCCGGCGUGGCCGUGUGCGGCGCUGUCGCGGGGACGUUUGUGAGGGAGGGGAAUGGGAGGGAGAUUGUGUUGCCGGGGGAGGAAGAGAAAGAAGAGGAAGAGGACGAGGACGAGGAAGGUGAUGGUGGGGUGGUAGUAGUAGAGAGGAGAGAGAGAUAG